UGGUCCUAAUAUUCAUCGUGAAGACGAUCCACCUCUCCUAAAUUCCACUGGAUUGGAUGACACACCGGCGGCUCUAGGGCUGUUAUACAAUAGCUAAUUGGUCCGUAGACAUACCCAAGUCAGCUACGUACGAUGACGCCUGUCGCAUUGGAGCCAGGACGUUCCUCAGACCAGACACAAUUACCACCACCCGCCCUGUGUCUUUCUUUGCUGGAGGUAUACUUUACGCGCGUAUAUAACGCACCUCUACUGUUUCAUAAACCCACUCUUUUUCAUGGAAGGGAGACUCCAUCGCUCUCUUUUUAGAGCUUUACUCGCGCUAGCAACUCUAUUUCUUCAGCCGAGGAAUCAUUCGAAUGACAUAUUACCUGCAAUAGAAGGGCAAGCAGAAUUGACAAUUUUGAGCUCAUAUCAUUCUUGCGGUCGCCCAUGGGCGAAAGCUGCUUUAAGAGAACUUUUGAUCUCAGCCUUAGAGUGUCCAUCUCUGAUGAUCGUCCAAGCGUUGGAGUGUCUGCAGCUGUAUUGGUUUGGCAUUGGUGACUUUCAUUCUGGCAGUUUAUGUCUUGCCCUCGCCUAUCGUUCAUGUCAUCUGCUUGGAUAUAGCAGGAAGUCUACGGACAACAGCGACUAUAAUGACGAGUCUCUCGAAUCUGAACUUUCCCGUCGAUGCUUCUGGGCUUGCUGGACAUCUACAUGCAUCGUUAUGGAACCAGAACCAUGUAUCAAAUUGGCCUGGCAGGAAGUGGGCUUGGUGCCGCUUCCGGGACUGAUCUCCAAUACGUCGUCCGGCUACACGAUAACUCUAAAUCAGACAAUGGAUGAGAAUUGGAUUUCCAGGUCCUUGGAUCGUCGGAUAAGCAGUGACAGCUACCCUGGGAGUGCAGCCAUCUCAAUGAAAAUGGUUGGUGUGUGGGCGAAAAUUCAACAAUUGUGCAAAGAGCACACCUCUGCUCCAAAUGCUCAAAGUUUUGGCCAACUCGAAAAAUUAUCUCACUUGGCAACAUCGCUAUUUGAUGAGUCAACCACCCGGAGAAAUUCCGGUCAUCAGAAUGAUCCAAAAACCGAAGGCGAGAGCCUAUUACUCGUCCACGAUGCGCUCUACCACCAAUGUCAAAUCGCUGCCCAUUGGAUGAUUGUCCCCCUUCUUUCGGGUAUCCCUUCUGACCCAACAAUUAGAUCUGAUAAGCAAAGAGAAAGUGCAGAUACUGUUCUAAAACAUGCAGAGCUGCUUGAACGGCUACUGGCGCCUUAUCUCUAUGGUCGAAGUGAUAUUUCACGUCUGCCUCCCCUUGUUGGCUUUGGUGCUUUUGUCGCAGGUAUUGUGCUUUUGGCAACGGAAAUUUCCCGCCAGGACUGUGGAGUGAAUGGAUCAUUCACAAAAGACUGUCGAAACGGUCCCAGAAUACCCGCAGUGAGAGCGAUUGUGCAUUUAUUAGAUCAUCUGCGAGUCUAUUGGAGAGCGUUGGAACGUCCGGUAAGUUGUACCUCGUUCUGAUUGCCACGUUUGAUGUCGUACUUUGACUUAAACGAUCACCAGUGGGAAACCUUGAAUUCCGCAUUGUCGACAGACUCUUUCAAGUAUACAAGACACGCCACACCAAUGAUUGUA